GGACGCUCAUUUCAUCCAUUUGGCAACCGUACAGUUUUGUCAGUUCCAAUUCUCCCUUACCUUCUCCAACUGUCCAGUAUCCACCCACCCUCACAGAGUCACAGAUCGCAUAUCGUCCCAGAUCCUACUCCUUCCGAUCUUCUCCGUACGGCAAAUCAAAAUUGGGAUUUUCUGACGCCAAUUGAAUAAUCAAAGAGUCCCCUUUUUGGAUUGGGUACACUGAAGAUGAGCGAGGUCUUCGAAGGUUACGAGCGUCAGUAUUGUGAGCUCUCCGCUAAUCUUUCUAGGAAAUGUAAUUCAGCUGCUGCUCUUUCUGAUCAUGAGCAGAAGCAGCAGAAGUUUGUUGAGGUUAAAGCUGGUAUAGAUGAUGCCGAUGUUCUGAUUCGGAAAAUGGACUUGGAAGCAAGAAGUUUGCAACCGAGCGUGAAAGCUGUACUUCUUGCUAAAUUAAGGGAAUAUAAAUCUGAUUUGAAUCAGUUGAAAAGAGAAUUCAAGAGAGUAACAUCACCUAAUGCUAAUCAGGCUUCCCGGGAAGAGCUGUUAGAGUCUGGAAAUGCAGAUGUUCAUUCGGCUUCUGCUGAACAUAGGGAGAGAAUGGCAAUGUCAGUGGAGAGGUUAAAUGAGUCGAGUGACAGAAUUAUGGAGAGCAGAAGGACCAUAUUGGAGACUGAAGAGCUUGGCAUCUCAAUUCUCCAAGAUUUGCAUCAACAACGUGAAACUCUUCUGCAUUCUCAUAAUAAACUUCAUGGAGUUGAUGAUGCCAUUGACAAGAGUAAAAAAGUUUUAACUGCAAUGUCCCGAAGGAUGACCAAACACAAAUGGAUUAUAGGCUCAGUCAUUGGAGCUCUUAUUUUUGUAAUCUUCUUGAUUCUAUAUUUCAAGCUUUUUCACAGUUGACCACAACAAGUUGUAUUCACAAUUCGUAAGUACACAAUUGGUCAUGUUACCCUCACGAAUUCUCCUGCCUUCAUGGUGUGGUUUGUUGAAUAGUUAGUGCAUUGCCUGAAGUCAUUAUGCUCUUGUGUUUAUUUCAUGGUACUCAUGCUUUUUGUGAAACAUCACUUUUCAUAAGAUCGGCCAGGCACUCAAGGGGCAAUGUUUUCAAUCUUGAAUGAAUUCACUUGAAAACAUAGUUAAAAGGAAAAUGCUUAUUUGUGUUUUUCAUUGGACUGUUUGAUUUGAUUUCUAUAUAACAUGACCAUCAGAAGUUACACUGGAAGAAA